CUUCUGGGUAAUGUAGUUUCCGGGAACGGCGAGAGGCCCUCGUUCUCUCGGCAGAGCCCACCCCGCGCAGACCCCCGCGCCCAGGGCGAGGCCCUGAGGAUGUUUGCGGUGUUUCGGAAGCCCAAGACGUUCAAGCUGCGGUCCCUGCACAGCCAAAAGAAGUUUGGGGUAGCGGGCAGGAGCUGCGAGGAGGUGCUGCGGAAGGGGUGCCUCCACCUGCAGCUCCCCGUUCCUGGCUCCCGCCUGUGCCUCUACGAAGAUGGCACGGAGCUGACUGGAGAUUACUUCUGGAGUGUUCCUGACAACUCGGAACUUGUGCUUCUCACCGAGGGCCAGUCUUGGCAGGGCUAUGUGAGUGACAUCAGUCACUUCCUCAAUGUGUUCCACAAGCCGCACGAAGGGGUCAUCCAGGCUGCCCGGCAGCUGCUCUCUGGCGAGCAGGCCCCGCUGCGGCAGAAGCUUCUGGCCGACCUCCUGCACACCGUCAGUGAGAACAUCUCGGCCGAGACCAGGGCCGAGGACCCGACGUGGUUCGAAGGGUUGGAGUCCCGAUUUACAAGCAAGUCUAGCUAUCUGAGAUACAGCUGUGAGAGCCGGAUCCGGGGCUACCUGAGAGAGGUGAGUUCUUACUCCUCCAUGGUGGGCACGGAGGCUCAGGAGGAGUAUGUGCGGGUCGUUGAUGCCAUGUGCCGGAAGCUCAGGGCCGUGCAGUACAACGGUGGCUACUUCGACAGAGGAGCUAAGGCAGGCCGGCUCUGCACGCCGGAAGGCUGGUUCUCCUGCCAGGGUCCUUUUGACGUGGACGACUGUGCGUCUAAACACUCCAUCAACCCCUAUGGUAACAGGGAGAGCCGCGUCCUCUUCAGCACCUGGAACCUGGACCAUGUCUUACUUUGCAGAAUAGAGAAGAAGCGCACCAUUGUCCCCACGCUGGCUGAAGCCAUUAAGGAACAAGCUGGAAGAGAAGUAGACUGGGAGUAUUUUUACAGCCUGCUUUUCACCUCAGAGAAUCUGAAGCUAGUUCACAUCGCCUGCCAUAAGAAAACCACCCACAAACUCAGCUGCGACCCACACAGGAUCUACAAACCCCCAGCGAGGCAGAAGAGGAAGCGGCCUGCGCGGAAGUGCCCGUGACCUGGGUGCACACCUUCCCCACCUCUCGCAGCAGGACAGUGUGUGCCUAAUUUUAACAGGCGCUAAUUUAUUUUGGUCACUCCAUAGUUCCUGGAAAAAACUUAAAAAAAAUCUUCCCACAAAUUCUGAUUUCAGUACCUUCCUGCAUCUGUCUUCUGCCCCUCGGAGAGCCCAACUGCCAGAGGCCAGGCUUGGUGCGCUCCCGGGCGCCCACGGGUCCUGGGAGUCCUGGUUGGCAGGGUCGGGAGCUGUCCUCGUUCAGGGAUGCUCUCCUCCGACUUCACCGCUGUUUUCUAUGCUCGUGUAGCGCAGUCUCCAUCCUAAAACGGCCUCAUGGCCAAACCUGGCCACUCUCGCUGGAGGGACAGGUUUUUUUAUGCGUCAGUUCUCUGCUGCUGUGUCUCCAGCUGCCUUGGAGAGCGCCAUCCUCUGGACUCUUCUAAACGCUCAAGAAAGAGCUGUGACCCUUUUGGGGUAAAAUGUUUGUACUCCAAAAGAAAGUACAAGGAUAUUCACUGCUGUUAUUUAUAAUACAUUAUUUAUAAUGGCAAAAAGUGGAAAACCCUCCAAAUGUCUGUCAGUGGGGAAAGGCUGAUUGUGGUAUUACGUUGAACCACAUGAAACUGCUGUUUUUGUUUUUUUGUUUUUUUUGAGGAAGAUUAGCCCUGAGGUAACGUCCGUUGCCAAUCCUUCUCUUUUUGCUGAGGAAGAUUGGCCCUGGGCUAACAUCUGUGCCCAUCUUCCUCUACUUUAUAUGGGAUGCCACCACAGCAUGGCUUGAUGAGCGGUGUGCAGGUCUGCGCCUUGGAGUCAAACCUGUGAACCCCGUGCCACUGAAGCGGAGUGCGCAAACUUAACCACUAUGCCACCAGGCCGGCCCCUGAAACUGCUUUUUGUAGGUUAAAAAUGGUCAGAUAUCGUUAAUUUCAUGAUUCAACCUAAUACAUCUACAGAAUGCAAAACUAUGUAGCAGUUUUAAGUGUUUAUGCAGAGAAGUGGGAAGCUGUCUGUUAAAGCACAAGGCAAGUGGCUUAACUGCAGAGCGUGAUCCGUUGGUUUUAUCAGAGGCUCACAGUAUGCGCCACACACGUGUUAACAUGUACAGAGACAGUCUGCAAGGAAACACUAUCUGAACAGCAAUAAUCCUGGGGGACAAGGUGGGGAUGGAAUUGGAUUAUAAAGGACUAAUUUUCUAAAUCAUGUAUUUUAUGAUACUUGAAGUUUUUGAAAUGAGCAUUUCACAAUUUUUAAAAAUUUACUUUUUAAAGUCAUACAUUUUAUAAUAUUUGAAUUUUUACAUUUAUUGUAUAAUCAGAAAAAGCAAUAAAGAUUUUUCAUAGACAGA